CCCUUUACCAUGCAGAAAUUUUUUAAUAAUCAUAGAGCUAGAGCUAGCUAGCUAUAGCCUCGAGACCAGCCGUUCGUUAUCUUAGCUAGAGCUAGCUAGAGAUCGAAAAGAGAACAUACAGUAGUCAUCAAGAUGUCAACAGUAUCUAUCAGUGAGAGUCCAGCUACUGGAGAGAGCCCAUUAAAUGAUGAGGGCUCCGUUCCUGUUCCAGACUGUCCAUUCCCGGUCCCAAGUCAGCAGGAGAUCAUUUUUCACGAGACCCAAUUUUUCCCUCUACAAAGACAGAGCAACAUCUAUGGGUUGCUGAACAUCUGUAUAAAUGGCCUAAACAAGCUGGUGGUGUCGACGCUGGGAGGAGAGAUCUUCUGUUUGGAGUACCACAAGCCCUCCGUCCAACGUCCACCCUCCCUCACACCUAUCACCUUCAAUUACAUACCAGCUGAUGCUGAGGUGAUCUCGAUAGAUGCAUGUGUGAGGGAGCCCAAUGGGAUUAUUGUGGGGGUCACUCUGAUAAAGAACUCUGAGCCGAAGGAGAUCUUCUUCAAUCUGUACGGGGUCAAAUGCGAUCCUGAAGCUCCCUUCAGCUGGGACAAGGUCGCAGAGGAUUGGCAACCUAUCAGUCUCAAGUUCACUCCUUUCCAACUCCUCCACACAAAGAUAUUGAUGGAUGGGGGCUGGGAGAAUGUAUUCUUGUUGCCGGGAGACGACCUCACAGUGCACUUGUACAGAGAAGCAAGACUUGCUGAGAACGACGGAGAAGCUCGGGAUCAGCUAGUGUUUCAAGAGGAGGGGUUGGAGGAGUUGUUCCCAGAGCUGGUGGACCUGCCUAGUAGUGUGACGUACAUGUGUCUGAAGGUGGUGGGUCAUCAGAGGAUAACUGCCCUCGGCUGUCAGGCCGGGUAUUGCAAGUGCUCCUUCACUGACCUCUUUACUAACACUGUGCUAAAGAGCUGGGACACAAGGAUGAUCGAUGGCCCCAUCACCUCCGUCAAGCUUUUCACUCUACACUCGUCAGCGGACCCUUCAGAUCUGAAUGACUAUCACCUCCUGGUGUGCUCGGCCAUUGAGUUGGGUGUGGUGUUCAUGAACGUGUUGGAGCGAGGUUUCGAACACUCGCAGAUCCUCCCCUCCUCUCACGCCCACGAUAGUGUCUUGUGUGCCACUGUGGGGGACCUUACGUGGGACGGCAGCAACGAACUUGUGCUGGGAACCUACGGAAAGAAGCUGUUGGUGUACAAGCACAGUGUUGAUCAGACUUCCUCUUCCCCGUGCUUCAAUCUGGUGUGGCAGAGAGGCUUUGCCCAUCCCAUCCACUGUGUGUGGUACGGUGACAUGACCCACGACGGACUCUCGGAACUGGUUGCCCUCUCAAUGGGCGGAGUGCAUAUAUUACAGCACGAUCUAGGACAAGCCAGCUCAGUCAUCUCAGAAAGACUCUCAUUAAUCAAGAACCAUACGAACAGUGAGAGCAAAUCUAGCCAACAUCACUGAUACAAUAAUUAAUAUUAUCACAUGCACUCAUAAUUAUGCUGUCACGUUAGUUUACAUUGAACACAUGAUAAUUACCGUAAAAAAAUUUUGGUACCUUCCCGA